AUGUGUGCCCCAUCGCAAGGCGCCAUGUUGCCCUAUGGACUGAAAGUGCCGUCACCAUAUUUCCCGUUUGGACCUAACGGUGGACUCACACAAGUACAUUUAUCAGCCUUAGACUUCCAAAGGUCUCAGAUCAACGAUUACAACGUGCGUGUUCAGUUAGGCUUGCGUAAUUAUCAAAAUUCUGUAGGUUUGUCUUCUUUUCAAGCGUACUUUAACGACCCCUACACUCAAGCUUAUUUUUAUAAACAUGACCCUCGGGCCCGAUUUGUGCAAGAGGAACCCAAACCUAGUCACAGCUAUAUAGGUCUCAUCGGGAUGGCUAUUCUUAACUCUAAGGAGAAGAAGUUAGUUCUCAGCGAUAUUUACCAGUGGAUUCUUGAUAAUUAUCCGUACUUCCGUACUCGUGGCCCUGGCUGGAGAAACAGCAUUAGACACAAUUUGUCCCUCAAUGAUUGUUUUAUUAAAUCUGGCCGAAGUGCCAAUGGGAAAGGGCACUACUGGGCCGUGCACCCAGCCAAUGUGGAAGAUUUUGAGCGAGGAGAUUUCCGUAGACGUCGGGCUCAGAGAAAGGUACGUCGUCACAUGGGCCUGUCUGUACCGGAUGAUGAUGAUAGCCCGACUCCAUCUCCAACACAGUCUUGGACUCAUAACGACGUCACGCAGGACUCGGAUGUUGGUCACAUAGAUCCUUUGGCUAUACCUAAUGACCACGCAGUUAGACCUGUACAAUCGCGACCUGAUGCAGAUCAUAUGGUGAUUUCUCAUUCAAAUCCAACCUACGGCCCAGUGCCUGGUCAGCCCAGGAAACCCAGUAGGAAGAGGUUAUUUGACAUGGCCAGCCUGUUAGCUCCAGAUGAUGAUGAUGAUGAAGACAAAAAUGGAGUGCAGGAAUCACAUAAACAGCAGAUGCACAGUCAACAAAUACACGCAUCAGGUUUCACGUUUCACCCAAUUCAAGAACAAAAGCCACAAGAUAACACAGACUCAUUGCACGACAAAAACAUCGACAAAAUAGAAUCUAACUUUAUCCACGAACCGGUAGCCAACAUUAACUGUGACAAAAAGAAAGACACUCAUUUCUUUAGUGACGACGAAAAUGAAAACGACGAGAUACAGGUGACGUCAGGAGAAGAAUCUCCCUCCGAAGAGCAAGACAGUGAUUAUUUCACAGGUAGGAUUUUAUUAACUAGCGAUAAGUUUAAAAAUGAUAAUAAUUGUGCCAUUGCAAGUCAAAUUCGCACGGAAACCGGCGCCAUGGAGACGUCAAGACAUUCUUCUAGUCCACACGAAACCACGCAAAAGAACGAGAAUGCCCUGGAUUUGUCUUCACCCAUUCAGUUUGCAAAUGAGAAGAAACUCACAAAUUCUCCGUGUACACCUGAAGUCCAUAAGAACAUGGAAUGUCAAUUAUUUGAGAACACUCUUGUUUUAAAAAACGAUGCUGCUUGUUUCAAGGAGCACAAUGUCAAGUCUGAUGAAGCACAGUUGAAGACACAGAACAACUGUGACAAGUGCAAUGGACAUCGCAGGUCAGAAAUGGCUCAUGAACUCCACGGUAGAUCCUCAACUUGCAACAACUGCGAGCAGACUAGACAUAAAAAAAGUGACUCGGUGAUGGGGAAGGUCUCCUAUCGUGAUAAAUAUGAACUUCGAGAUGAAAACAUCCUCUCCAGGAUCAAUGGCUCUUUUGACAAUGCUAGAAGUUUAACCGACAAAAUGCAUUAUUAUCGUUCAGAAUUACAGGGUGCACGCAGAACGCAUCACCAAAGCACUGGAGAGUCCCAGUUUGUGACAAUGGACUCAGGCGCGUCUGAGAAUGAAAGAAGUGUCGAUGUAGAAGCCACAGGACGAACUCCAGAAAACUUAGUUUUUGUUUCCGAAGCUGCCAGAAUACCGAGUGAUCAUCUGCUUUGGGCAGACAUGGCCAAGAACUCUCUCCCCAGGGAUAGACUUAGCGCUUUCAGCUCUUUAGGAAUCAGGCACCAAGCGGUGUACUCGCCUUUUCAGUUGAGAAACUUUCACCAUACUUCCCAAAGAAUGCUACCUGGCAGCUACGCCUAUGAGAGCCAGUAUAACCGAUCCUAUGCUCUCCAUACCGGCAACUUCGUUAUCGACGCCUAUAACCUUGCUGAAGAGUGGGGACAGUGGCGUAGCCAAGGCGGGCCACAUCAGCAAUAA